GUCUAUCAGCUGAAGAUCGGCAACACUGAGAUCCUCGUCAUUGCGUUGGCGUUUGGCAGCGGUGUUACGGCAGCCUUUAUGAUUGUCGGACACAUUUCUGGCGCUGUGUUUAAUCCGGCAAUUACUGUCGCUUUGGCCACAAUGAAUAAAUUCCCGCCGAAAAAACUAAUACAUUAUCUUUUGGCUCAAUAUUUGGGUGCCUUCUGUUCUUCAGCGGCGCUUCACUUGUAUUUCUGGUCACACAUGAAGACCGACACAGGAGUCGACCAAACAAAGCAGUUAUUGAACAUAUUGUUUGUGACGACUCCUCACAACAAUAUCAUGACCAAAAAGCCAAUGCCAUACCGCACAUCGUUGAGCCCAUUUACAUAG